AUGUACACCGUGUGUAUCUAUCUAUAUCGGAUCUUUCUUUCCAAUUUUUGUCCAUGUUUUUUUUCAUUCGUUCUUUCACCUUUUUCGUUUGUUUGCUUGUUUCUUUGCUUCCGUCUAACUCUUGUUCUUUUAUUUUUCUUCAUGAUUUUUUCUUCCUUUCUAUUUAAGUGUAUCUUCCUUCACUUUCUUUCUUUCUUUCGUUGUUUGCUUACCUUCUUGUACUUUUAUUUUUCUUCCUCAUGUUUCUUUUCUUCUUUUUUAUUUAAGUUGUAUCUUUCUUUCUUUCUUUCUUUCUUUUUCUUUCGUUGUUUGCUUACCUUUAAUUCUUGUUCUUUUAUUUUUCUUCCUCAUGUUUCUUUUCUUCUUUUUUAUUUAAGUGUAUCUUCCUUCCUUCACUCUCUUUCCCUCGUCUUUCUUUAUUUCUUUCUUUCUUUCGUUGUUUGCUUACAUCUAACUCUUGUUCUUUUAUUUUUCUUCCUCAUGUUUCUUUUCUUCCUUUUUAAGUGUAUCUUCCUUCCUUCCUUCCUUCCUUCCUUUACUUACUUACUUAUUUUCUUUCUUUCUUCAACUAGGGUGCCCUCUUCAUUUUUCCCCCCUUUUCAACUUUCCGAUAAUUUUUUUCUCUACCUGACUGUUUUUAUAUUAUUUAUUUUAUUCAUUCCAAUCAUUUCAGUUGUCCAAAAUGGAAAUGUACUGACAUUUCUCCACUUCUUUCUCACUCACUUGUUUUCGUUUGUCAACAAAAGGUAA